CUUGGCAAGCAAUUUUGGUAUAAAAACGCAGAUCAACUGGGAAUUAGGCACAGUUCGCUCAGAUCUAUCACAGCUUGUAGCUAAGUUUGGAACAAUGGCUUUUAAGGUUUUCGCUGCGCUCAUAGUUUGCUUCGCACUGACUGUGGUUAGUGCCUCGCCAUAUGGUCAUCAUGAACAUGGUGGGCAUGGUGGUCAUGAAGAACAUGGUCAUGGUCAUGAGGAUCACAGCGCUUCCAGCCACGCUUCUGUACAUCUAGUCUCACACGACGAUCAUCAUCAUGAUCACCAUGAACAUCAUGGACACGGCCAAGGACACGAUCAUGGUGAUGGUCAUGAUUCGCACGCUGAGUACCAUUUCAACUAUGGCGUUAAGGAUAAGAAGACGGGCGAUGUCAAAGAGCACAGCGAACACCGCGAUGGCCAUAAAGUAUCCGGACACUACGAGCUGAUUGAUGCCGAUGGUCACAAGAGAACUGUCCACUACACAGCCGAUAAACACAGUGGUUUCCAUGCUGUGGUACACCGUGAACCCACACACCAUCAUGUGCCCGAUCACGGACACACUAGCUACCAUGGUGGUCACGCUGAGGUUGAAUCUCACGAUCACCAGGAUCAUGGCGAUCAUGGUCAUGGACAUGGACAUGGUCAUGAACACGGUCAUGGUCACCACUCGAGCGGCUUCUCCAUCAAACAAGAACAUGGUGUAGCCUUCCAUCACGGUGGACACGAUCAUCAUGGUCAUGGUCAUUAAAUUGGUAUUUCUCAGAAACAUUUUAACCGUGUUAUGGAUUGAUACUUGUUGAUUUUAUGUAAAACCUUUUGUUUUUUACGCUUAUCUCAAAUUCUCAUUUAUGUUUCCUAUUAUACUAAUAAAGCAACUUAA